AUGUCGGGAUGGUCGAGUCCCGUGUUUCGGGAGUCGCUGGAGGCGCUCGAGGACCCGCACACCAGGAGAGGGUCCUUGGCCGCUCUCAGGCGAACGGUCAAAGACGUGGCUCCGGAGGUGAUGCCGCGGCUGCUGCACCACGUGGCGGAGACGACUGUGCGCCACACCAGCAGCAAGCGAUAUGCUGUGUCGCUGUUCGCAGAGUGUGCGCGCACGUACGGGCAGCAGAUGGCGCUGCACGUGCCCAAGGUCAUGACGGCGCUCGUGCGCGCCCUCGCCGCGGGCGCCGCCGCUGCCAACGGCAGCAGCAUGGCGAGCAGCGGUGGAGCGGCGGCAGCGGCAGGAGGCACGCCGGGCGGUGGCGGCGGCAGGAGCGCGGCGUCGCUGCACGCGGCGUGCGCGGACGUGGUGGUGGAGAUGGCCACGCACUGCGUCGCGCCCCCCCACGACCCCACUGCCGACUCCGCAGCCGCGGCGGAGACUCAGAUAGGUACGCUUCCCGCUGGCGAGGCAGUGCACGUGCGGGGUCGUGCAGGUUCCCACCCAUUCCCCAUGCUCUCUCAUCCCACUGCCACGCUCUUCUGUUCCGAUUUGUUCCAUGAUACGAUGCUGGCGGCCAUCUGCGACCCACUCGCAGCGGAGCUGGCAGAGCAGCACCACCGCCACGUGCAGCAGCACCACGCACCGGGGGCAGGCGGGGGCGGAGGGGGCGGAGGGGGCGGGGCGGUGGCAGCAGGGGGCGCGGAGCAUGACGCACUGGCGGGCGCGGCCAGGUGCCUGCUGGCGCUGCAGGUGCCCAAGGAAUCACAGGAGGGGGCGUUCAAGGCGCUCACAGCAGCGCUGGGCGGCGUGCACCGCCCGCUAGCGCUGCUGCAGCUGGCAUGCGACCUCUGCCACCUCGACGCUUCGCUCGCCAAGUGUACGCCCCAAGCUGCGUGUGUCAGCUCCUCUAAGUCCGUGCCAGCGUCCUCUCCACUUGCGUCCUCUCCACUUGCGUCCUCUCCACUUGCGUCCUCUCCACUUGUGUCCGCACUCCAGCUGCACUGUGCGUGCCUCUCACUUCCCGUGCAUCCCUCCUUUUGUCCGCACCCCUUCCCUCGGUGCCAGUUCCACGCCAAGACGCUGCUGCGGGCGGGCAAGGAGGUGCUGCGGGGGGCGGCGUCCGUGGAGCACCGCCUGUACGCCGUGCGCCUGCUCAAGGACGCCAUGCGCAGCAGCUGCAGCGCGGCAGUGUUUCAGGCGGAGCUGAGGGACGUGGUGGCGCUGCUGCGGGAGGCCGCCAACCACCCCAAGCUCAAGCCCGACGCACUCGCCGCUGGCAAGGCCAUCCAGGACAAGAAGAAGCACUGCCCCAGGCCAGGCGCCACGUCCUCAGCCAGCAAGGCAGCAGCGCGCUGGCGCCCCGACACUGCCCCGCGCGCGCCACAGGCCCACCCCGCGGACAGGCCUCGCCAUGCCACGCCUGGUGCGGGCAGCAGCAGCAGCAGGAGCCCAGCGUGGAUGGGUGGUGAGAGCGACGAGAGCAAGGUGGGUGAGGGGCGACAGUACGGGUGGCAGCAGGAGAGGCGGACAGAGGGCGAGGGAGAGGGAGAGGGCCCCACGUCGCCCACGCACUCAGCUGCAUCCUCCUCCGCUGCCCGCACCGCGCCCCUCGCCAUUGCCCCUGCCGUGCCUGCGCUCGCUGCUGCACGAGCUGCCUCACAGCCAUCGGAGCCUCCUCCACGCGACCCCACGCUCUACUUCACCCCCCUGCCCGCCCUGCCCCACCACGCCUCCUCUCUGCACUCCUCCACACACGCAGCAGCAGCGGCAGAAGAAGCGGAAGCAGGGGGGGCGCAGGGAGCAGCGGCGUCAGAGGGGAGUUGGGCGUUCCAGAGUCCGCCAGGGCAGUUCACGGCCUUCCAGGCGCGGGGCACCGCCACCUUCACCACCAUGGCGGUGCACGGCAGCGCCCUCUCCGCCACGCCGCCCCCCUCCGCGCCCUACUCCGCGCGCUCGCCCGCCUCCCUCUCACACCUCGGCCCCUCGCCCUCCCUCUACCUCGGCCCCGGCGGUUCCACUCAAAAGAAAGCUUUUGUCUCCCCGGACCAUGGUGUGGCCAGUGAGAGUCCGGACGACAUGCGGUCGGUGCGGCGGAGGGUGUUUGAGGAGGAGAUGGGGGCGAGGGAUGUGCCCCGCAGCACUGUCUCACCUGACCCCGUGCCCUUUGCCUCCGCUGCCCAGUCGUUUGACUCGAAUAUAGUGCCACAUGAGUUGCGUGAGCAUGCAGCACACGAGGCAUGCAGGGGCCCGGGGGGGAGAGGAGCCAGAGUGGUGGGGCAUGGGGAGCAGGAGAAUGCCAGCGCUGCGGGCAGCGGGCACAAAGCCAUGGGGCGGGCUGCUGCUGCCAACGGUGCUGGCAACGGUGGGCGGGAGUGGAGCCCCACGAGUGAGAGCAGCAGGGGCAACGCAAGGAGCAGCCUGUCGCCCAGCACGAGUGGCGAGGGCCGUGAAGCGGUGCGAGGAGGCAAGGCCAGGUCGCCACACAGCCGCGGCAACUCGCCCCUCUACGAGCUCGCUGCUGCCUUCGUGCGCGCCCGCAAGUCGCCCGACCUCUCUGGCAGGCUCAGCACGUUUAGCCUCACCUCCGGCAGCCCUGACCAGCUGGGGGCGUACCGCCUGGGGGGCAGCAGGAUGGCGGGGGGGGCGCUGGGCGGUGCUGCUGGUGGGGGGGGUGGCAGAGGGAGCCCCAUGCGCAUCACUCUCUCAGGUGUGCCCCCAUGCGCAUCACUCUCUCAGGUGUGCCCCCAUCGUGCUUUCAUAGACUCAGCCCAUGCGGGGCUCUACUUGGAGCGCUCGCGCCACUUGACCUCGCCCUUGCCCUCGCCGCCCUCGCACUCACAGCCACCAGGCAGCCGGCAGGUGGGGACAGGAGGGGGUGUGGGGAAGGCGUCAGGGCAGGCGGGCUUCCUGCUGCACCUGCCCCCGCAUGCCGGCACAGGCGCCAGCGCACAGGGCGCACGCGAUGGCGCGGGCAGCAGAGCAGGGGCGGGUGGCGGUGUGGGCAUGGGCAGCAGUGGGGUGUUUGUGCGGCUGAGUGGGGACGUGGAGCAUGGCGGGGGGGCCGCACGGGCGUCAACGGGCUGCAAGGCGGCAGGGGAGGGGGGGGGUGGCGACGGCAAAGGGGCCGUGCUGGCAGCACACUUGGCUGUGCAGGCAGAGAACACGGGGACCCAUGGGAGUGGUGUGCAGGCAGAGAACACGGGGACCCAUGGGAGUGGUGUGCAGGCAGAGAACACGGGGACCCAUGGGAGUGGUGUGCAGGCAGAGAACACGGGGACCCAUGGGAGUGGUGUGCAGGCAGAGAACACGGGGACCCAUGGGAGUGGUGUGCAGGCAGAGAACACGGGGACCCAUGGGAGUGGUGUGCACAAGGGUGGGGUGGAUGCGAGCGAUGGCAAGGAGGGGGCAGUGCAGGCGUCAGCAGCGGCAGGCAGCUCCCCUGGCAGCAGCAGCAGGGCAGGCGAGGGCAGCAGCAGCAGGGCACGCGAGGGCAGCAGCAGCGGGGCAGGCGAGGGCAGCAGCAGCAGGGCACGCGAUGGCAGCAGCAGCAGGGCAGGCGAGGGCAGCAGCAGCGGGGCACGCGAGGGCAGCAGCAGCGGGGCACGCGAGGGCAGCAGCAGCGGGGCACGCGAGGGCAGCAGCAGCGGGGCAGGCGAGGGCAGCAGCGGGUGGGAGGGGUCGUCGGGCUUCUGCCGCCUCAUCUCCGACGCUGAGGUGGCCUCCGCGCUCGCCAGCAUGCGCGCCACCCACGCCCUCUCCGCCCUCAGUCGACUCAAAAGCACUUCCUCUUCCUCAUGCUCUCCACCCUUUUCAUCCCCGCACCCCGUCCACGCUUUUGAGUCGACUCAAAAGCACUUCCUCUUCCUCAUGCUCUCCACCCUUUUCAUCCCGCACCCCGUCCACGCUUUUGAGUCGACUCAAAAGCACUUCCUCUUCCUUAUGCUCUCCACCCUUUUCAUCCCCGCACCCCGUCCACGCUCCUACCUUUCUGCACUGUCUGCCCUUCCCCCCUUAUGUCAACAGCCUUGCCUCUCCCCCCAUUCUCCUGCCUUGCCCAUCAGCAGCAACCCCUCAGGCGGUAGUAAGGACGGCAGCCGCAGCAGCAGCGCCAGCAACGCCCACCGCGCCACGCUCCCCAUGGGCUCUGCGCCACCACCGCUGCACCGCACGUCUGAGCCGCCCCCGCCCUCCCACGCCCAGCCCUCCACACCCCUGCUCUUCGCCCCGCCUCCCCCCCUCCCACCCACCAUGCAACUCGCCCCGCCCUCCCAGCCCGUGCAGCAGCAGUUGCAAGGGCAGCACAAGAGAGGCUCAGGGCUGGGGCGGGUGCACAAAGGGGAUGAGGGAGAGAGUGAGGAUGGGCAGGGGGAGGGGCAAGGAGAGGGGCGGGAGGAGGUGAGUGGGUUUGGCGCGAGCUGCCUGUCCCCGCCGGGCAGCAUUGGCCGCUGGACGCUGCAGGGUAAGCCGCCCCCGCCCAUGGCCCUCUUUAUGGACGGGGGGAGUGGCGUGACGUCUGCACGGGAUAGUUUGGCAUCAGGAAGAGGCAGUGCCACGUCAGCGAGGGGCGGAGGGGAGGUGCAGCAUGUGGGUGCGUUGCAGUCGCUGUGUGGCAGUGUGCGGGCGAGCAGGGCAGGGGAGACUGCCAGCAAACACCGAUAUGUGAGCACACCGGGUCCCACCUCUCCCACACCGGGUCCCACCUCUCCCUCUCCUCCCCACCUCUCCCUCUCCUCCCCACCUCUCCCUCUCCUCCCCACCUCUCCCUCUCCUCCCCACCUCUCCCUCUCCUCCCCACCUCUCCCUCUCCUCCUCACCUCUCCCUCUCCUCCCCACCUCUCCCUCUCCUCCCACCUCUCCCUCUCCUCCCACCUCUCCCUCUCCUCCCCACCUCUCCCUCUCCUCCCCACCUCUCCCUCUCCUCCCCACCUCUCCCUCUCCUCCCACCUCUCCCUCUCCUCCUCACGUCUCCCUCUCCUCCCCACUUCUCCCUCUCCUCCCACCUCUCCCUCUCCUCCCCGCCUCCCCAUCUCCUCCCCACCUCUCCCUCUCCUCUCCACCUCUCCCUCUCCUCCCCACCUCUUCCUCUCCUCUCCGCUGCCCCUCCUUCCCUUGCUCCCAACCUGUCCCUCUCAAUUCCACCUGUCCCUCUCAUUUCCACCAAUCCUUCUGCUUCCCAUCGUUCAUUUGUCACUCUCCUACUCGUAUCGCCCACCAGAGUCCUAUCCCUUGCCUUACAAUCAUUGA